AUGUAUGAUCAGGCAGUUGAAGAUUUCAAUAAAGCUAUUGAGUUAGGAGCAUCAAAUGAAGAAACAUAUUAUCAUAGAGGUAAGAUGUAUUAAUUAAUUAAGCCACGGGAUUUUAUCGAAAAAAUAUGUUUAUGGAAGCUUUAAAAGAUUGUGAAAUAUGCAUUCAAAUUAAUCCUAAAUACUCUUUGGCUUACAUGAGAAUAGGUUAAGAAUAUUCACUAUAAUUAGAAUGUGUGAAGAAUGCAAUUGGAAAUAAAGAUGAAGCAUUAUAAUAUUAUAAUUAAGCGAUUCAAAUUGAUAAUAAAUGUAUUUUGGCAUAUUGUAACAGAGGUAUCAUAUCAUUUUAAUGAAUAGGAAAUUUAUAUAAAAACUAAGGGAAUAAAGAUUAGGCACUCAUAGAUUAUAAUAAGGCUAUUGAGUUGGAUACAUAAUAUGCUUUUGCAUACAUGAGCAGAGGUUAUCAAGUUAUUUAAUUAAAUAGGAAUUUUUUUAGAUAAAAUUGGAAAGUAAGAGGAGGAACUUAUAUAUUUUAACAAGGCUAUUGAAUUAGACCCUUAUGAUGCUUGUAUAUAUAAUUAUCCAGGUUUAUUACAUUAUCAAGUUAAAUAGGACUUCUAUUUACUAAAAUUGGAAGUAUUAAAUAGACACUUAUAGACUUUAACAAGACAAUUGAAUUAGAUCCUAAUUUUUCUAAUUUUUAUUUCGAUAGAGGUAAUUAACAUAUUAUUUUUCGAUAGGAAACCUUUAUGAAGACAUAGAUAAUGUACAAUAGGCACUAGUAGAUUAUGAUAAAGCGAUUGAAUUAAAUCCCAAUGAUUCUAAAGCAUAUAAUAAUAGAGGUGUUAAAAUUAGUAUAAUAAAAAGGCCUUUUAUAAUAUAAUAUCGGAAACACAGACAUUGCACUAUAACAAAUCAAUUGAAUUAGAUUCUAAUGAUGCUAAUACUUAUAAUAACAGAGGUUAUUAUAGGAUUAUUGCAUUUAAGCUUAGGAAAUAAAGAUUAAGCCAUAAUAGAUCAUGACAUAGCUAAUUAAUUGGAUCCUAAAGAUGCUAUAAAUUAUUUUAACAGAGGUAAUCAAGAUGUUGAACUAAAUAGGAUUGUGUUAUAGAAGUAUGAGGAAAUUUGAUUUAGCAUUAAAAGAUUAUACUAAAGCAAUUGAAUUGAACUCAAAUGAUGCUAAGGCUUAAUUUAAAAAAGGAACUUUGUAUAAAGAAUAUGGCUAAAUGUUUAAAUGUUUAAUAAUAUUCAUUUGA